GGCGGAGAGCAGAGUUACAGGAGAUUAAUCUCUCACCACCAGCAGAGUGUCCUUCUUGCGAAGUUUCCUUCUACCAGCAGCAGUGUAUGAGGGUGGGGUGUCCCUGUAAGAUGCGGUGACAGGCACUGAGCUGCAGGGGGGCACAUUGCAGGGAGCAUGCACUGCUAUGGCAGGGGGACCCUUCUUAGUGACCCCUCCUGGGCAGAUAUGGGACCCCCUGCUCUUUGCUGCACUAUUCAUCCUCAGCAGUUCUGUCACAGGAGCUGCAACAGGGAACUGAGGAUCCUUAGGGGGUGCUGGAGAAGGUAACCCCCAAAACGCUGCUAUCUACAGGAACCCAGAGAGGAGCAGGUAGACCCCCUACUACAACCGAGAGAGGAGCCAGGACCCAGACGAGCAGAGACUGCACUGCUGCUGCUGCAUGCCAGCACUGACACAGCAGGAGAUGCCUCCGAAAGGGUUAAUGACUGUACCCCCUGCGCGAUUCUUCAGGCCUGUCCCCAGAAUUAGCAGGAGAGAGGCUCCAGCAUGGAACCAUGGUGCUGUAUACUCCACGCCGUUCUGAGCUGCCAGACACCGAAUUGAAUUUGCAAUGUCUACAUGUGCCUAAAAUGUUUCUAGUAAUUUGUGGUGUGCAAAGUGCCUUUUAUGGCAUAGGUACCAAGGAGGCUGACCCUGGAACCAGCACGUAGCUUACAGCUCUGAAAUGCUUCUGAUUCCAUCUCUAUGGAUAUAGCAAGAGAAAGCUACCAUAUAAACUACAGCCAUCGGGACGAGGUCUCGCCCAUCUGUGACCUGGAAGGCAGGAGCAAUAUUCAACUAUCAAUGCGUCGCUUUCCACCGGACUAUCUGAGCCUGCUUGAGAUUGUCCUGGUGUUAAAUACUAUGGGGUGCAUCCAUAGCCUUAGCUGCAAACCCAAGGUCUUCAGAGAGUCCAUAUCUGUCUUGGAUAUCAAAGCCUCCAUUGACUCUUCUCCCACCAGCAUCGAUGAGUCGUCCAGCGUCGUUCUCAGAUACAGGACGCCCCAUUUCCGAGCUACCGCCCAAGUGCUUGUGCCUCAAAUCUCUGGGAAGGAGUCCUGGAGGGUGGGCUGGAUCCAGGCCUGUAACCAUAUGGAGUUCUACAAUUACUAUGGAGACCUUGGCAUAUCCAGUUGGGAACUGCCAGAUCUUGAUAAUGGUACAAUCCCGGCAAUCAGUGACUCGGACGGAGUAAACUACCCUUGGUAUGGCAAUACUACUGAGACCUGCACUGUUACUGGCCCCACCAAACGGGACACCAAGUUUACCGUUAGUAUGAAUGACAAUUUCUACCCAAGUGUGACAUGGGCUGUGCCUGUUAGCGAUUCCAAUGUGCCUUCGUUGACGGGCAUCAAGAGGGACCAAAGUUUUACCACUUGGCUGGUGGCCAUAAACAUGGCUUGUGGUGACCUCAUUAUUCUACACACCAUCAAGUGGAGGAUGAAACUGGAGAUAGAGGUCAAGCCGACCUCACCGUUGGGACAACGGGCCAAACUACAGGAACCUUUUGGACAAGAGCAGCCGCAAGUGACAAUCAAGAACGAACCCAUUCCACCAAACGCUCUUGUAAAACCGAAUGCCAAUGAUGCGCAGGUGCUUAUGUGGAGGCCAAAGAACAAACCAGCAGUUGUAGUGAUACCCCCAAAACGUCGGUGAGCCUAACAAAAUGGGCUGACGCCAAUAGCUGCUAACAAAAGACAUUUAUAGAGAAAUUCAACAAAUCUGUUGUUGCUUUAUUCAAAUCUUGGGUAUCACUGUGUUAUUUUAUACAUAAGAACCAUGGUCUAUCACUGAAUAGCGAUGAGGUCUCUGAAGACUACCUAGCUGAGGAAACCUAGCAAAGGUUUUCAAUUGAACUUCUCCAGAUCCUCAAUGAGAACCUUCAUCUAACCAUGAUGGUCUACAAUCUGCACUGCACCUCAUUUCAGGUUGGGCUUACAGUCCUACCUUUCUAAGUCUACUUUUGGGGAACCAUUGGAGGCAAUAACGUUAAAGCUUCUGAUAUUGUUUUUUUUUUUAGAGAUUUACUUUUACAUUAUCGUGUGUAAUUAAUGACGUUUCUUGUGAUAUGCACCUCCAAAUACUCUCAUGGGUUGAAAGUUGCCAAAAACAUCCUCAUAACCCUCUUGUCAGAAGGCAACAUUUUUGUAUGUUGUCUUUGAGGCAGGUAAUAGACGUUGGGAGAGACUAUAUUACAGACGUUGACAAAGAGUAAGGCAUUUUACAUUUCACUUGCCAAUAUAGCACCAUUGGAAUGCUGUUAGCAGACACAAAACUCAGGGGUAGUGUAGCUAGUAGCUUAGCUACUGAAGGGAUAACCGAGCAUUGCUGGGCGGUGCUCCUCUAUCUCUCAAUCAGUAUAGCUGCUUUUUCUUAAAAGGGGGUAACUAUGGUACAAAUGAAAUCCUCAAUAGGUAACAAGCAAUGCAUACCAGCAUUACAAAAUAAUUAUCCAUAACAAAGAUAUAUAUUCAAACCAUGACCGGCUGCGUUGUAAAUGGCAUUACCAGGGCGUCUAGACUCCCGUUGUAAAUGGCAUUACCCGGGCGUCUAGUCUAUUAUUGUAAUUGCCAUUACCCAGGCGUGUAGUCUCCUGUUGUAAAUGGCAUUACCCAGGCGUCUAGUCUCCUGAUCUAAAUGGCAUUACCCGGGAGUCUAGUCUCCUGUUGUAAAUGGCAUUACCGGGGCAUCUAGUCUCCUGCUGUAAAUGGCAUUACCCGGGCAUCUAGUCUCCUGUUGUAAAUGGCAUUACCCAGGCGUCUGGUCUCCUGAUCUAAAUGGCAUUACCCGGGAGUCUAGUCUCCUGUUGUAAAUGGCAUUACCGGGGCAUCUAGUCUCCUAUUGUAAAUGGUAUUACCCGGGCAUCUAGUGUCCUGUUGUAAAUGGCAUUACCCAGGCGUCUGGUCUCCUGAUCUAAAUGGCAUUACCCGGGAGUCUAGUCUCCUGUUGUAAAUGGCAUUACCGGGGCAUCUAGUCUCCUAUUGUAAAUGGUAUUACCCGGGCAUCUAGUGUCCUGUUGUAAAUGGCAUUACCCGGGCGUCUAGUCUAUUAUUGUAAUUGCAAUUACCCAGGCGUCUUGUCUCAUGUUAUAAAUGGCAUUACCUGGGCGUCUAAUCUCCUGAUGUAAAUGGCAUUACCCAGGCGUCUAGUCUCCUGAUGUAAAUGGCAUUACCGGGGCGUCUAGUCUCCUGAUGUAAAUGGCAUUACCCAGGCGUCUAGUCUCCUGAAUAAAUGGCAUUACCGGGGCAUCUAGUCUCCUGAUGUAAAUGGCAUUACCCAGGCGUCUAGUCUCCUGAAUAAAUGGCAUUACCGGGGCGUCUAGUCUCCUGAUGUAAAUGGCAUUACCCAGUCGUCUAGUCUCCUGAAUAAAUGGCAUUACCCGGGCGUCUAGUCUACUGAUGGCACUUGUUUGCGUUACUUACACAGAUAAAUUCACAACAGUGGGACAGAUAGGAGCAAACUCUCAUCACGGCAGCUGCUAUGGGGCCACAGCUGGGACCCCAUCUUCCUGCAAAAGCUAGCCCUAAUAUAUAUUAGAUAUAUUUUGCUUUUUAUUUUCAUUCUGAGUGGUACAUGGGGGCCAUUCAAAUAUUUUGCUACGAGGCCCAUAAAUGACUAGUUACACAUAUGAGUGAUGCAUAGCUCACUAAAGAUCUUUAUUUUCUUAUGGAAGCAAGUGUUCGCUGUAUCUGAUAGCUGGAUUGUGUAAUGCCGUUGAAAAUAAUCUAUUGUUUCAGAGAUAAAAAUAAAAAUUAGAACUGCAGAAGUGGGAACUUCUGAAAACAAA